AUCCCUCACAGUGAAGAUAAUCAGCGGUUGCAACCAGGACAGAUUAAGUGUCCCUUCUGCCAUGGAUGUGUUCCUCUACAUUGGAGGCAUUUUGCUGCUUCUACUGCUAUGGAUAAAAGCCAAAGGGUUUGAGUACGUCAUUGUGCAUCACAGAUGGGUCUUCGUCUGCCUCUUUCUCCUCCCACUUUCGGUUGUGUUUGAUGUGUACUACUACGUGCGAUCAUGGUUGGUGUUCAAGAUGUGCAGCGCACCCAAACUCCAUGACCACCGCGUCAAAGAAAUUCAGGACCAGGUGCGCAAUUGGAAAGCAGAAGGUGGUAAAAACUACAUGUGCACGGGUAGACCAGGCUGGCUAACGGUGUCACUGCGUGUUGGGAAAUACAAGAACACACACAAGAACAUCAUGAUCAAUCUGAUGGAUAUUCUGGAAGUUGACACCAAGAAGAGGGUUGUCCGUGUUGAGCCAUUGGUUAACAUGGGUCAGGUGACUGCUCUGCUUAAUUCAAUUGGUUGGACCCUCCCAGUGCUACCGGAACUUGAUGACCUGACAGUUGGUGGUUUGAUUAUGGGGACAGGAAUUGAGUCUUCGUCCCAUAAUUUUGGUUUAUUUCAGCAUAUCUGCAUGGCCUAUGAGCUGGUUCUUGCUGAUGGAAGCCUUGUGAGGUGUACACCAACAGAGAAUUCCGAUCUGUUUUACGCCGUUCCGUGGUCCUGCGGUACACUCGGGUUUCUGGUUGCUGCAGAAAUAAAGAUUGUUCCUGCUAAAAAAUAUGUAAAGCUGCACUACACACCUGUAAGAGGUCUGGAAAAGAUCUGUGAGAAAUUCUCCAGAGAAUCAAAAAACAAAGACAACUAUUUUGUAGAAGGUUUAGUUUACUCAUCUGAUGAGGCUGUUAUAAUGACUGGCACACUUACCGACAAUGCAGAGGCAGGGAAGGAAAAUAAAAUUGGCCAUUAUUGGAAACCCUGGUUUUUCCGACAUGUGGAGACAUAUUUAAAGAGUAACCGAGAUGGGACGGAGUACAUUCCUCUGCGCCAUUACUACCACCGCCAUACAAAAAGCAUCUUCUGGGAGCUACAGGACAUUAUUCCAUUUGGGAAUCACCCAGUGUUUCGGUACCUGUUUGGCUGGAUGGUGCCACCAAAGAUUUCAUUGCUGAAGCUGACCCAGGGCGAGACAAUUCGGAAACUGUAUGAGCAACACCAUGUAGUACAGGAUAUGCUCGUGCCCAUGAAAUAUCUGCAGAAGUCAAUUGCUGCCUUCCACAGUGAGAUUAGUGUCUAUCCCUUGUGGCUUUGCCCGUUCAUAUUGCCAAGCCAGCCUGGUAUGAUACAUCCUAAAGGCAAUGAGGCCGAGCUGUAUGUAGACAUAGGAGCAUAUGGGGAACCUAAAACAAAGCAUUUUAAUGCCAAAGCUUCUAUGAAACGGUUGGAGAAGUUUGUAAGAGAUGUGAAUGGUUUCCAGAUGCUGAACGCAGAUUGUUAUAUGACACCAGAGGAAUUUUGGGAGAUGUUGAUGGAAUCGUUGUAUAAGAAGCUGAGAGAGAAACUAAAUUGCACAGACGCUUUCCCAGAAGUGUAUUAUAAAAUUUGCAAAUCAGCGCGCACUGAGAGCAAAAUGGUUGAUUGCAAACAUUACGUGAAGGGAGAACAACACUUAAUUUAUGGAAUCAAACUAAGAAAACAAUUCUAAUUAGAAUCAGUUUCUGUGCUUUUUCCUCUGACACAGAGAUAUUAUCUAUUGUGAUAACCAGGUUAUGGAUUAAUCCCAUAAAGGGGCCAAUUUGUAGAUAAUGUAUAAUAGAGGGUGGAGACGUUUUACAAAAACAGUUUUAAUUUUUGGAGCGGAAAUGACUGAAAUGGGCUCUGCAUAGUCUGGUUUUUUACUUCACUGUCUAUUCAGGAUGUGCCAUAAGUCUAUUUGUGCCUUGCGCUACUGCAGCCCAGCUGGCAGAUAAGUGAGUACAGUAUUGGAAUGUUGUUCUCUUAAAUGUAUCCUGAAUUAAGCCGGAUGUGGUGCACAGACAGACAUGAGUCUGCAAAGUGAAGUAUAGCACAAUAUAAUCAUCUGAUCCGGAUCUACAUGAUGUGAUGCUUAGAGGGACCUGAAAACCAAUAAAUGAAGUGAGAAAGGGUAUGCUGUAGUCAAUGGUUAAAACUGUGUUAUUUAAAAAAAAAAUCUCUCAAUAAAUUGUGUAUCUGGGAUGGAAUCAAACCAUGUAGGAAAUAAUGGAUCUCUGUGAUCUAGUGAAUCUUGUAGCUCACAAUUUGGUCAGCCAUGAAGAGCUCACUGGCUACUUUGAUUUGUGAACGGAAUUGGAGUAAUGUGAGUGUUCUCUUUAAAAUUGCCAUGAGCAUCCCGUCUAUCUAAAGUCUAAACAUACUUCAUCUAAGAUGUGUAUAAAAAUGAUUUGGUUUCUUCAGACAUGAAUAAUAUUGUUAUAUAUGACCAGAGCCGUUGUGUGAUCUGUUAAUUGUGAUGUCACUACAGUCUACAUAAACAAAUAAAUGCACAUUCUGUGAAAUUA